GUCCCCAUGUGAAUACAGAGAGAGGUACGCACUUGCUGUACUCUGUGGUGCUGUCAUUGGCAUUUGCAACGAUAGAAAGUUGUCUCUAAGUUACAGAAGUAAAACAAUCCUUUGCGAAAGGUAAAGUGUUGAAUAACGUCGUAGUGGAUUGACGUCAGACGAAGGUUCUCCGAGACAUGACAUCCUCUCAACCACAGGAAAGUUCAGCGUGGGGAAUCACUUAUGGCGUUACGGGUGUUUGUAUCUUAUUCUGCCUCGUCUUCUACUAUCUCGACCUACAAUAUAUGGCCAUAUUGGCAGGUAUCGGAGGGCUGGUGACGUGUACUGUAGGUUGCAUCAUGUGUUGUAAGAAUGAACGUAUGGAACAAUCAUUACCUACAUAUCCGAUCCAGUCUGUACAAGAUCAAGCUAACGCUCCCAGUUGUCCAUCCAACCAGCGUUCAUACUCCGUCACACAGCCUCCAUACCCCAGCCCACAUUCACAUUAUUCUGCUUCAGCGUCACCGGCAGCCCCAUUAAGGCUGAACCUUCAGGAACUCGGUGCUUCGGAACUCUUAUUAACAUUAACCAGAGAAAAUAGGGUGGAAAACCCAACAGAAAGGGAGCAUUCUCCAUCAACAGUCAACAGACCAAAUCCUGAAAGAAACCUGGCACAGUCUCCAACUUACAACUCCUCACAUAAUAUAUCUGACGGAGGCGCUAUGGCAUCCUGGCAGCCUUCGUCAGACAGUCCACCCAGCUACGACGAAGCGAUGGCAGCGCAGCAUCGUGGUCCUCAUUUGGUCUGAGUGCAGGCAGGCUCUUGCCGUCAUCCACUUGAUUUAUCUAUUAAGUUUUAUUAACUCAAUAAUAUGGUAAUCAAUGUGUCUUUAGAUGUACAGUAUGUACACCAGGACACCUUACAUAACCAAUGCAUACACAAUUACACAUGCACAGCGAUUAUAUGU